AUGGCUGCCCUACAUCGCUUCCCAUGUCUCCUGCGCACCUCCUCCCGGUCUCUGGGGGCAGUGAGGAAACCGCUCGUCCAGAUCCCCGCAUUCCGAACAUUGGCAACCAAACAUCCGAAGGGCUUCGUUGCGCCCACCGACGAUGACCUGCUGGAGCUGCGAGAACGGGUCCAAGAAUUUACCAGGCGUGAAAUUCCUGAGGAGGUUGCCGCUCAAACAGACGUCCAAAAUGAGUUUCCAGCGGAAAUGUGGAAGAAACUAGGAGAUGCUGGGUUCCUCGGAGUCACGGCCAAUGAAGAGUAUGGCGGUCUCGGAAUGGGCUACCAAGCUCACUGUGUUGUUAUGGAAGAGAUCAGUCGCGCAUCAGGAAGCAUUGCGUUGUCCUAUGCAGCUCAUUCCCAGCUCUGUGUGAACCAGCUCUCGCUGAACGGAUCCGACGAACAAAAGGAACGUAUCCUUCCGGGCCUUCUAUCUGGUGACAAAGUGGGCGCCCUCGCCAUGUCAGAGCACUCGGCCGGGUCCGAUGUUGUCAGCAUGAAGACAACAGCCAAGGCAGUUGAUGGCGGAUACCUAUUGAACGGGACGAAGAUGUGGAUCACCAAUGGUCCCGAUGCCGAUUACAUUGUCGUCUACGCUAAGACCGAACCAGAGCAAGGCUCCAAGGGAAUCACGGCGUUCAUCGUCGAGAAGACAUUCGACGGUUUCUCGUGCGCACGCAAACUGGACAAGCUGGGAAUGCGCGGCUCGAACACCGGAGAGCUCAUCUUCGACAACGUGUUUGUUCCCCAGGCGAACGUCCUUGGGCCGCUCAACCGAGGCGUCAAGGUCUUGAUGGAGGGUCUCGAUCUCGAACGUCUCGUGCUCAGCGCUGGUCCGCUGGGAAUAAUGCAGGCCGCCCUCGAUCUUGUCCUUCCGUAUACCCAUAUCCGCAAGCAGUUCGGAACGCCUAUCGCGCAUAACCAGCUCAUCCAGGGCAAGCUUGCAGACAUGUACACCAAACUGGCGGCGUCUCGUGCCUACACGUAUAACACGGCGCGACAAAUCGAUAACGCGGCCUCGUCGCCCGAAAUGACCAUUCGAACGCAAGACUGUGCCGGCGCUAUCCUGUAUGCUGCGGAGCGGGCCACCGAAUGCGCCUUGGACGCUAUCCAGCUCAUGGGCGGCAAUGGAUAUAUCAACGAGAUCCCGGCCGGACGACUACUCCGGGAUGCGAAGUUGUAUGAAAUCGGCGCUGGAACUAGUGAGAUCAGACGAAUGGUUAUCGGGCGGGCGUUCAACAGGGAAUUUGCGUAA